ACAUAUGUUUUAUUUAUUAGGGUAUAAGCGAGGAUUUGAAGAUUCAUCAUAUAGUUGUGAAUGAUUGGGAGAGAGGAGUCGAUACUGAUCAAAAUGUUGUUUUGAUAUCUAUACCCAGUGUGCUUAGUCCAGAUCUUGCACCCCCUGGGAAACACGUGUUACAUGCCUAUAUGCCAGGAACCGAACCGUUUGGACUCUGGGAAGGACUUGAUCGUGAAAGUGCUGAAUACAAAGAACUCAAAGCUAAAAGAUCUGAGGUCCUGUGGAGGGCCGUGGAGCGUGCUGUUGGUCCAGGUUUUGAUCGCGAGAAGUGUGAAGUGAAGUUAGUUGGAACCCCAUUGACACAUCGAAGGUUUCUGCGGAGGAAUAGAGGAACUUAUGGGCCAGCUAUACAGGCCGGUAAAGGCACUUUUCCCGGACAUUCAACUCCGAUCCCACAGCUUUACUGCUGCGGUGAUUCUACAUUCCCUGGUAUUGGAGUCCCAGCAGUUGCUACUAGUGGCGCCAUUGUUGCAAACUCAUUGGUUUCUGUGUCUCAACACUCAGAGCUUCUUGACGCUGUCGGAAUAUGAUAAAAUCAGGUGAGU